AUGGGCAGCCCAGUGCACUCACGGGCAGCUUUGCAGCUCAGUUCUGGAUGUACGCAGUACCGAGGUGUGCUGCUUGUGAAACUGCUCUGGCCUUUACAGGCCGAUAUACCAAACAGAUUUGAGAUGAAGCUGCACAGAAAUAAUGUUUUUGAGGAGUCCUACAGAAGAAUCAUGUCUGUGAAGAGACCCGAUGUACUAAAAGCCAGGCUCUGGAUUGAAUUUGAGUCAGAAAAAGGACUUGACUAUGGAGGUGUGGCCAGAGAAUGGUUUUUUCUCUUGUCCAAGGAGAUGUUUAACCCUUAUUAUGGUCUCUUUGAAUAUUCAGCAACGGACAACUAUACACUUCAGAUUAAUCCUAAUUCAGGUCUUUGUAACGAAGAUCAUCUCUCGUAUUUCACAUUCAUUGGUCGGGUUGCUGGUCUGGCUGUGUACCAUGGGAAGCUCUUGGAUGGCUUCUUCAUCAGACCUUUCUACAAGAUGAUGCUGGGGAAACCAAUAACGCUGAAAGACAUGGAGUCAGUGGAUAGCGAAUACUACAACUCUCUGAAGUGGAUCCUGGAAAAUGACCCUACAGAGUUGGAUCUCAUGUUCUGCAUAGACGAGGAAAACUUUGGACAGACAUAUCAAGUGGACCUGAAGCCAAACGGGUCAGAAAUCAUGGUAACGAAUGAAAAUAAAAGGGAAUACAUCGACCUGGUCAUCCAGUGGCGGUUUGUGAACAGAGUUCAAAAGCAAAUGAAUGCUUUCUUGGAGGGAUUCACAGAGCUUCUCCCUAUUGAUCUGAUUAAAAUUUUUGAUGAAAAUGAACUAGAGCUGCUGAUGUGUGGCCUUGGCGAUGUUGAUGUUAAUGAUUGGAGACAACAUACGAUCUACAAGAAUGGUUACUGCCCAAAUCAUCCCAUCAUCCAGUGGUUCUGGAAGGCUGUUUUACUGAUGGAUGCUGAAAAACGGAUUCGGUUGCUGCAGUUUGUUACUGGGACGUCACGUGUGCCUAUGAACGGAUUUGCUGAACUUUAUGGUUCAAAUGGUCCUCAGCUGUUUACA